AUGGGAAUACCGUCUUUCUACCGCUGGCUGGUUGAAAGGUACCCGCGCUCGGUGGCCGACGUGGUGGAAGAAACUCCGUUGAUCGAGAGCGACCGUCCCGUUCCCGUCGAUGUCUCCCUCCCUAACCCUAACGGUUACGAGUUCGACAAUCUCUACCUAGACAUGAAUGGAAUAAUCCACCCUUGCUUCCAUCCCGAAGGACUGCCGCCUCCGAGCGAUUACGAUGAAGUCUUCCAGGCGGUGUUUAUGUACAUUGAUAGAGUCUUUAGUAUAGUUCGUCCUCGCCAGCUUCUUUACUUGGCCAUUGAUGGUGUUGCUCCACGUGCCAAGAUGAAUCAGCAACGGUCCAGGAGGUUUAAGACUGCUAAGGAAGUGGAAGAUGAAGCCUCUCUCAAGGCUGAGAGUCAUGAAUUAGGGGAAAACGAAUUGCCGGUCGAAGGGCAAUCAAAGAAGUUGGAUUCGAAUGUAAUCACUCCAGGAACUGAGUUUAUGGAAUUAUUGUCUUCAGCCCUCCGUUAUUAUAUUAACUUGCGCAUGAAUGAGGAAGAAGGGUGGAAAGGAAUAAAGGUCAUUCUUUCUGAUGCCAGUGUUCCUGGUGAAGGGGAGCAUAAGAUAAUGUCAUACAUACGCUUGCAAAGAAAUCUCCCUGGCUUCAAUCCAAACACACGGCAUUGUUUGUAUGGUUUGGAUGCAGAUCUAAUCAUGCUUGCCUUGGCCAGUCACGAAAUUCAUUUUUCAGUCCUGAGAGAGGAAGUACGUAAGAUUACCUCUAGAGACAAUGGUACAAAAAGUGGUCAUGACUUGGGAAGUUUUCUGACAAAAUCAGGAAUUUCUCAGCAAUCGCCAGCUUUCUUGGACAAUUUAGCACACUUCAUUUCUGAGAGAAAAUUUCAGUUCCUCCAUGUUUGGAUUCUGAGAGAAUAUCUAAUGUACGAUUUAAGAAUCCCGGACUCAACAUCUGACACAGAUCUGGAGCGUUUGAUUGAUGACUUUGUUUUCAUGUGUUUGCUUGUCGGAAAUGAUUUUCUGCCACACAUACCAUCAUUGGCAAUCUCUGAGGGGGCUAUUGAUUUGCUUUUGAUGCUUUACAAAAAGGAGUUCGUCCGGAUGGGUGGUUACCUGACUGAUUCUUUUAAGAUAAAUUUCAAACGCAUGGAGCACUUCAUCCAGGCUGUGGGAUCUUACGAGAGUGUAAUUUUCAGGAAACGUAUUAAGAUGAAGAAAGCAAGUGAAUGGGGCGGUUCGCAGCGCAGACAUGAUACCAAACACAUGUCGGAGCCGCAGAAUAAGGGUGGUAGUGUAGCCGCUCAAGGAUCAGCUAAUGGCCUUAAAAUUGACCCUGCUGCUGAGGUGGACAAGGUUAAACUUGGAGAAGAUGGUUGGAAAGAGAGAUACUAUGUGCAUAACUUUCAGCUUAACUCGGAAAAUGAAUGUGAGAGGAUUCAGCGACAAGUGGUAGAGAAAUAUAUAGAAGGACUAUCCUGGGUUAUGCACUACUACUACGAAGGGGUAUGCUCUUGGCAAUGGUUUUAUCCUUUCUAUUAUGCACCGUUAGCUUCAGAUUUUCAUGGUUUUGAUAAUCUAGAAAUCAAAUUCACACUUGGGAAACCUUUCAAGCCUUUCGAUCAGUUAAUGGGGGUACUUCCAGCUGCAAGUGCACAUUCUCUUCCUUUGUCCUAUGGGAAAUUGAUGAAGGAUGGCUUAUCACCUAUAGCUGACUUUUAUCCUGCGAAUUUUGAAAUUGAUAUGAAUGGCAAGCGGUUUUCUUGGCAGGGUAUUUGUAAAUUGCCAUUCAUUGAUGAGGCACGGCUUCUUUCAGAAAUUGCCAAACUGGAGCACACAUUAACGGAUGACGAGAAAAGGAGAAACAGCUUGGGUUGGGACAUCUUGUUUGUUCAUAAAUCGAAUCCUCUGGCAAUCGUAAUUGUAUCAUUCUCAGAUAAGAGUUCUCAGUUGGAAUUGCUGGAUGUGAAGGCAGAACUGGAAAUCGACCCAAAAACCAGUGGUGGGAUGAAUGGAUACAUUUGCAUCGACCAAAAUCCUGUCUGGCCUAGGGAAAUUUGUUCACCAAUUAAUUGCUGGCCGGCACUUGCAAAUAUUGGAGUCAUAACUGUCUUCUACAAGUAUCCUCCAUCUCAUCGUCACAUUUCUAACCUACCAGAAGGGGUGAUCUUGCCUGACAAGUCUGUGAGCAAGAAGGAUAUCGUACCUCCACAAGUUUCUCUGUAUGAUGGAGCAUCUUUCCUUCUGUGUUCUAGAAAGUUGAUGCCAAAGUCUGUUUCUGGACCUAAACUAUCUAGGUUCGCACAUCAACUUGUGCUAUUGCACAUUGCGGCUAACACCAAAGGGGACAAGAGGACCUCAUCGUCUCUUUUCUCUGAAGUCGUAGAUGGUAAAAUUGCUUCCCCAGGGAUGAGCAUGGUGAGAGAAGCAUAUAAAAUCAUUGGACAGGGAGCUGAAAUCACUACGGUAACACAAAUUCAAAACAAGAAAAAGAAGAGGAUAUCCAAGGAGGAGAAACAGAAUGAUGUUGCUGGCGGUCACCCUCAAUCUGGCCAAUUAUCUUUGGUAUCUGUUGGUGAAAUCACGACGGUAACACAAAAUCGAAAGAAGAGAAAGAAGAGGAGAUCCAAGGAGGAGAAGCAGAAUGGUGUUGCUGGCGGUUACCCUCAAUCUGGCCACUUAUCUUUGGCGUCUGUUGGGUCACUUGACAGUAGAAGAAGAAUGGGCGCUAGUGUUGGUGAGGUUGAAGGGGAACUGCGUCCUGAAGUCAACUCUGAACAAGGAGCAAGGAUAUCCCAGCAGCAGUUCAAACAGGACGAGAAUAGUGAUGUUAGUGCUGGUGAGAGUGGUCGGCUGCUGGCCCCUUGCACUCUCAGGGAUGAAUCAGUAGGUAUCAAUGUUGUUGCAGAUGGAGGUCAUGCGAAGGAUGAUCUUGAAUAUCGUGAGCAUGGAAACAUAGAUGAAAUACAUAAUGCAGAGCCGAGCAGCAAGAAAAGGAGAAAGAAGUCCAAGAAAAGGAGGCGUGUUGAAGAAGUCAACAAUGAAGAAACUACUGAGAUAUCGGAUAUCAGUGCCAUGAAAGAAGUAGAAGUAGUAUGCGAUUCUGAGGGUAAAGAAUCUGCAGUUGUUUCACGUGUUGGCAGAUCAGACAGUGGCAGAACUGUCCUGUUAUGGGAAGAAAUAAGUGAUGCUCAUGCUCAUGUGAACAAUAAGGCGGUGGAUGUGAAUGUAACACCAGGGAUCAUCAGCGGCAGGAAAAGGAAGAGAUAUCAUGCACCCGGGCUGAAAUGCCCUGAUGCAGCAGGUAAGGCGGUGGAAGCAGUUGAACCGACAAGUGACAAAAGAAAGAGGGGACGGUCCAAGGAGAAAACUCUUUGUAGCGAAGAAACUAAUAUUAGCUUUGGGAAAUUAGAGGAGAACAAUGCCAUCAUGAAAGAAGCUGCUGUGGACCAACUGCUAGAAAAACGUUCAGCUGAUGAUAUAUCAGAGAGUCGCUGCAACGCGUUUACUCUUAACAAAUCAGGAGCUGGCAUCGCGGGGGAGAACCCAAGGGAAAGCGAAGGAGUUCAUGUCGGUGAUGGUGGAGUGAUGGAAGCAGCAGCGGAGAUGGCCCCCUACUGA